GAGAUCUUACAGGUGUUCUGCAGGACAAUACAAUCCACCGCAUUUUCCUUAUCUCAGACUUGAUUACACUUCUGUACGACACGAGGGUGACUGUUUGCCCUUAAGACGUCCUCCGAGUGUCGUUCGGCAGGGGCAAAAGCUGGACCCCGUCAGUAAGCCUGAAUUGCUGUCAGAUUGAAACACCAGCGAAGUUCGCUCAAAGUUGUCCUACUCUGCCAGCUUCUUUCUUCUCAUCGCUCGAAAUGUCGACAAUACCCCCUACCCCUGGCCAGGCGGUCUCCACGCCCAUAAGUCAAAUAUCCCUAUUGGAGAAACUGGACCUCUUCCCGGGUCUUUUGUCCAUUCUGGGAACAGCGUUCUACACAGCAGUAACAGGCCCUUUUCGAGGCGAGUCUGGAGCACAUACGUAUGGGCAGCAUCUCAGUUCUGCUCUUGUGCGGAAGAUGGUCAUGAGGCUCAGCACGCGUCAAUUGCAGUACAUUGCCGAGCCAUUUUCGAAGGUUUACGAGAAAUGGGCCCAAAGCAAUGGGUACCAGCCAGAGUUUGUCACUCUGAAAUCAGGCUGCAAGGCGUUUUGGAUGGGUGACAGCAAGACGGCGAAGCACAUUGUCGUUUACUACCAUGGUGGAGGAUUCUCCCUUGAUGGGGAAGACACGCAUCUCAAAUUCUGGCAUGGGGUCCACGCCACCCUCAAAGAAAGUUCUGCGCCUGUCGCAUUCCUCUUUGUCGAGUACACGUUGGUACCGCAUGCGACUUACCCGACCCAAAUUAUUCAGGCGGUCGAAGCGGUCAACUUCGUGAUGAACGAGUUGGAGCGACCUGCAUCUGAGAUUAUUCUUGCUGGAGAUUCCGCUGGAGGAAACAUGUGCUUGGCCGUCCUGUCGCACAUAAUGCAUCCAAACAGCGAACUUCCAGAACUGAACCUUCCGGAUGGAGAAAAGCUCAAAGCGCUUGUGCUUGUUGCUCCGUGGACGUCCUUCAGGACAGAUUGGCCAAGCGCGGAGCGCUGCCGGUACAAAGAUAUUGUCAGUGCGUACGCUGGCAGAACGUGGUCUGAAGAUUAUAUGGCAAGCAGGGAGAGGACUCCCUAUGCGGAAGCAGUGGAUGCACCUGCCGAAUGGUGGAAGGACUCCAAAGUGGAGCAUAUCUUGUGCGUUGCAGGCGGAGAUGAGCUGUUGAUCGAUCCCAUCGACGCCUGGGUAGAGAAGUACAAGUCCGUCAAUCCCGACGGCAUAACAUACGUGGUUGGAGCGCAUGAGGGUCACAUUGCACCUAUGAUGAACCUGCGAUUUGGCAUGACAGCGGAGACGGAACAGGGCAAAGCCAUCAAGUCUUGGAUGAAAGCGAAGUUGUAGAGCAUCCUAGACUGCUUGACGCUUGUUGACGGACAAGAGUGCCUGAACAUGGAAGAGCGUCUCUAGCCGGUCAUCCGGCAUGGGCAUCUAUGCAGUUAAACUGCUGGCACAUGAUUCGAUCUCAGGAGCUUUUAUUGCGGCUGGCGAAGACUAAUAAUGUAUUCAGAAGGUAUGUCCGUAUGUCCCAG